CGAGCGACCGUGCUGGUGAGUCGCGUCCAUGUGGAGCUGAACCCUUGGGCUACCUGCCAUGGCUGCGAGCGGGUCCUCGGUGCCGCCUCAGGCGGUGCCUCCUGCAGGGGCCUCCGGCGGAGGGUCUGGAGCCCCUGAGGGCGUCGGGGAAUGGCUGCGGGGCGCCUAUCGCUUUGCCACCGACAGGAACGACUUCCGGAGGAAUUUGAUUGUUAAUUUGGGACUCUUUGCUGCUGGUGUGUGGCUGGCUAGGAACCUGAGCGACAUUGACUUGAUGGCACCCCAGCCAGGCCUGUAGCACAGCUGAUGUUACUAGUGACUUCAUUUCUAAUACUGCCUUCCGUGAUCUGAAUGCAGUUUCUUGGAAGCUCUAUUCAACCCGCAGCUAUGACCAUGACAUGACCACCAGAAGACCUGCUUUGACUGGCUACCACAAAUUUAAUUCAGACUUGCUACAUUCCUUUCCCUACACUAGCUGUCUUUCUUCCUUGGUCAGUCUAUGAUCAGCCAUAGCUUCAGUGUCUACUUAGGCACGGUGUGAGUAUAGGUAUAUUGCCUUUGCUCCAUAUAUUGUAUAUAUCUUCCAAAUCCUUGCAGGUUGGGCAGAUGCCAGGCAGGGAGUGUGUUGCAAGUGGCAUUUGCUGUUUUCUUUAGUUAUACAAAGAUUCUUUUUUUCUCCUAAAAUGUUUGAAAUAAAGACAGUUAACAAAGA